AUGCCAGCAGAUAAACUUAGAAUUGCAUGUUAUGGUGAUAAAAACAUUCUAAAAAAUGUAGAAUAUUUUUUUAAGGAUGAUUUUUAUGAAAUACAUGAUGUAAAAUUAGACGAAAAAAUAAACACAAUACGAGUUAAUUUACAAUAUGAAUAUUAUAACAAUCCAAUAACCGAUUAUUUUAAAAAUGAAGAAAAUGGAUCAACUGAAAAAGCUUUUAUUUAUAUUUAUUUUUUAUAUUCAGAAAAUUUAGAAGAGUAUAAAAAUGAAAAGGAAUAUUUAUUAAAUAGAUAUAAAGAUUGUAUAAAUGAAGAAAAUGAAGAUUGUAUAUUUAUAUAUUUAUACAAUUUAAGUGAUAAUGUAAAUGAAAUAAAAAAUAUAAAAAAAAUAAAAUCCGAUUUUAGUUCUAAUAGUUAUAAAACUAUCAAAAUAUUAAGUGUCCCAAUAAUUAAAAAUGAAGAAUAUGAUACUAAUGAAAAAGUUAAAGAACUUUAUGAACAUUUUAAAAUCAGAUAUAUUGAUCACAUCAAAAUAUGUAUUGAAAAAAAAUACCAUUCCAUUAAAAGCUCAUAUAACAAAAGCAUUAAUAUUUUUUUAAGCUAUGUAGAAAUAAAGAAAAAAGUUAUUCUGGAAAAAAAAAAAAAAAAAUUUUGUAUACCCAACAUACGUGUAGAGGGAAUUGAACCAAAUGAUAUAUCAGAAGAAAAAGCAGAAACAAAGCUUAGCGAAAAAGCAGAAACAAAGCUUAGCGAAAAAGCAGAAACAAAGCUUAGCGAAAAAGCGGAAACAUAUCAUAACGAUAUAGCUGAAUUUGUCGCGUUUUAUAAAAAUCAUAAUAUUUUUUCAUUUUGCAAUGAAUGUGUAGAUAUAAAUUUUUUUUUACAAAAAAAUGAUGUUCAUUCUUAUAUAAACAGAAUCGAAUUUGUUACAGAUUAUGAUGAACAAUUGUAUUUAGACAUGUAUGAUAUUUUUUUAUCAGUUUUUAUGUGGGGAGAAAAUUUAUGUGCGUUAUAUUUAAAAUUAAAUCUUUUUAAGAAAUGUUAUAUGAUAUAUAGCAAUAUUCAAAAAUUAUUUUUUAAGCAUCUCAAUGUUUAUAUAAAAAAAAAAAAGUGUAUAAUACAUUCUCCGAUUUUAUUUGAAAAAUAUAAACUAGCUAUAACCAGAUAUAUAUACGAAAGGAAUAUUUGUUCUAUUCAUUUGCUAGAAUAUAUAUUUUUUAAAAAAUUUACUUUAUUACUUUUUUUAAACAAAUUUUCAUAUAUUUCAAUAAAAGCUUUAAAAUUUGCUCAAUUUUUUUACAAAAAUAAAAUUUUUAUAUUUAUGCACAAUUUUAGUACCUUUAGAAAUAGCGUAAAUAAAUAUAUAAAGUAUCCAAAUUAUAUCAAAUACAUUCAUAAAAAAAUUAAAAAAUAUAAAAAAAAAGAGCUAGCCAAAAAAAAUAUCGAGGCAAAAGAGGAAAUUUUUAAAGACGAUAUAAUAAAGGACAAAUCGGAAAAUCUAAGUGAUUUUGUUGAAACUUGUCAAAAGAAUGUCAAAAAAAAUGAGUCCACAAAAGAGGAUACUGUUGAUCAUGGGGAUAAAAUAGUGAAGGAAAAUGCAAACCAACAUGAAAGCACCCCCUACAAUCAUAAUGAUGAUAAUGACAAUAACAAUAAUAAUAAUGAUGAUAAUAAUAAUGAUGAUAAUAAUAAUAAUGACAAUCAUAAUAAUAAUGACAAUAACAGCAGUAGUAAAGAAAUGCACAAAUUGAACAAUGCUUUGAUAAGAGAGCUUAAUGAGAUAUUUAGCCAAAAUGAUAGUGACGAAAUAUUAAGUGCAGAAAAUAUACUGAAAAAAAUGAUUAUAAAUAAACAAAAUUGUAAAAAUGAAGAAAAUAAUGAAUCUAAAAAUGGGGAACAUACAGAAACAGAAAAUAUUUUAUACUCAAAUGAACCACAAAUUAAUAAUGAAGUUUUUUGUGAUAUAUUUAAAAACGAAGAUGAAAAAUUGUUGUUUCUUUUAAAUUGUUGUUUUAUAAAUAAAGAAAAAUUUUUUUCAAUUUAUUUUUACAAUCUUGGAAAUUUAAUUAAAUUUCUUUUUGAACGUAAAAGGGAUUUACACACUGAUAAAAAUACAAAUAAAAUAGAUCACAAAACAAAAGAAAAUGGAGAAAAAAAUGUUAAGCAUAAAAAUACAAAUAUCAGUAAAUAUUUAUCUCUCCAAAAAAAUAUCAUGAAAUUAGGUUAUAAAAAAAAUUCUUCAAAAAAUAAAAAAAAAUCGAAAUCAAAGCUUCAAAUUGAAAACCGCAAAGAAUCGAGUUUUGUAGAAAACUCAUCUUCCGAUUGUUCGGAUUUUACUUCUUCUACACUUAGUGGAAAAAGUGAAUCCAAAAAUAACGACAAAAUUUUUCUUUACACAGAUUUUAGUAUUAAUGUUUCGAAUAUAUUUAAAUUGUCUUUUAUUAUUUUAAAGAACAUACUUAAUAUGAGCACUAAUAGUUUUAACAACAUUGAAAGGAAUAUAAACAAUUUUGGAUUUAAUGAAAUAAAUAAUCAAAAAAUAUACUUGUUCAGUUUUUUUUAUAAUUAUUUAGAAGAAAAAAAAUUUGAAAAAUACAUAGAAAGUGUAAUUGAAGAAGAAAUUAAAGAAAAUAAAAAAAAUAUUUAUCAUAGUUUUCCGAUUUAUCAUAUUAAAGCAUUUUCUAAAGACAAUAAUAAACAUAAAAAUUAUUUAUUAAUAAAUAUUAUGAAUAAAAUUAUUAAUUUAUAUUCAAGAAAACACAAAAAUAUAUAUAUUAUAAAUAAGUUUUUUUUAGCUAUAUUAUUAUUUGAAAAUAAAUUAUAUAAAAAAUCGUUUAAUAUUGUUAGAAAAAUUAUUGAAGAAUCACCAUUUCAUUUUCUUACACAAUUGUGUAUGCAACUUUUAUUGUUUCAUGAUUUAAAUAAUAAAUUUUAUCAUUUUUGUGCUUCAUAUUUUUUAGCAAACAAAUAUACUAAAAUUAUAUCUUUUAAGAAUGUUAAUAUUAAUUUCACUUCUUUUCAAAAUUAUGAAUUUGAUUUAUUUUCUAUGACUAGCCAAAAUUCGAUUUUAAAGCUCGAGCAAAAUAAAAACUACUAUAUAAAUUUUUACAACGCAUUAGAAAAAGAUAUAAUAACGCUUAAUUUAUUUUUUAAGAAAGAAUUAAAAGAUAUUAAAAAAAAUGAAGAAAACAAAAAUUUCCCUUUUGAUGGUAAUAAAAAAGAGAUACAACUUUUAGAAGGAAAAAAUAAUAACACAAAUAAAAUUUCCAUAACACAUAACGAAUCAAAUCAAAAUAAGUUGAAAUUUCUAAUAAAUAAAAAUAAAUUAAUAAAAUUAGAAACUAAAAAAUUUUGUAAAGAUAAUUAUUAUUUUGAUAUAAAUAAAAAAUUUUUAAAUAGUUUAAAAAAAUAUAAUUUUUCCGUUUCCAAAAAUGAAAAAAAUAAUAUAUUUUAUAUGCCAACAGAAGAUAUUAAAAUAUUUGUUCAGUCUGAUUAUAAUCUAUAUAUGUUUGUGUCUAAUAUGACUUUUGGGCUUAAUAAAAAGGAAGCAUAUGAAAAGAAAAAUAUAACAUCUUCAUGUGAUAAUAUAAAUGAUAUUAAAAAGGAAUAUAAUAUAAAUAAGUAUACGAGUAAAAAUAAUUCUUUUAAAAUGUACCACCUUGAUACAUUAUUGGCUAGUAAAAUAAAAGAAUAUGCAGAAAAAAAAAAAAAAAAAAAAAAAAAUAUGGAAACUAAGACAGACAAAAUUCAAGAAAAUAUAUCCUCUAAUAAAACCAAUAAUGCAAUCAAAAAAAAUAUACGUGUUAAAAAUGUGUGUGCUGAAUAUGAUGAAUAUUUAGAUUUAUUCAUUUUUUCCGCAUUUACCAAAAAUUUGAAUGUUAAUAAUAUAAUUUUACAAUUAUAUAGUGAAGAAGAAAAUAAAUAUUUAUACAUAAAAUAUUCUGAAGGAAACUAUAUAAUUAGAGAUGGAUUAAAUUUAAUAAAAUUAAAUAUAAUUAAUAUUCUUGAAUCUAAUAAAAUUAAAUGGGAAAAUUUCUGUUAUAAAGUCAAAUAUGUUUUUCUUAAAAUCAAAAAUUUUUCUUUUUAUCAAAAAAUAGGAAUAUUACCUAACGAUAAUUUAAUAACCUCCUUUAUAAAAACAUAUGUUAAUUUUAUAACCAACAAUAAUAUAUUAAUUAAUAAAUAUAAUAGUUAUACCUCUUUUUUUUUAAAUCAAUUAAUAUCACCUCUAUAUAUUAAAAUAAAAACUUUAAAUUCAAUUCUAAAUUGUAAAAUAAGUUCAUCCUAUAUAAAUAAAACAUCACUAGUAUACGAUAAUAUAAACUAUGUUAAACUAGUUAUAAAAAAAAGACAAAAAAAUAAAAAUCUUUCCGAAAAUAGUGAUAUAACUUAUGAUGAGGCUGAUGAAGUAAACAGUCUUGAUAAGAAUAUAUCAGAAAAUAAUUCUAAUAAUAUAACGGAAAAAUUUAUUCGAGUUUCAGUUAAAAAUAAAAACAAAAUAAAUGAAUGUAAUGAUAUUAAAUUAUAUAAUACAAUUGAUAAAGAUGAAAUAUUGUUUGUAGAUUUAAUAACUUUUUAUAUUGAAAAAAAUGAAAAUAUAGAUAUAGAUGAUCUUAAAAUUUUAAAUAAUCAAGAAAUUAAUAUGAUUAAACAUAAGGACAUAAAUUAUUAUUCACCAAUUAAUAUGAACGAAUAUAUUGAUGAAGAAACUGAGGGUAACGAUUAUAAUGACAGUAAUAUUGAAUUUAACGAAAAGUCAGAAAAUUGUUCGAAUAAAAAAAAAAAUAAUAAUUUUGAAAAGAAGAUACAAAAGACAGAAGCAAUAAUCUCGUUCAUACCACGUCGAAAAAUAGACAAUGAAAUUGAUUCUUUUGAAAAUAGUGAAAAAAAUGUGAAUGAUAAUUUAUAUAAAAAAUUAUAUAAAAAUUCUUGUUCAAACUUAGACAUAAUAGAAAUAAAAUGUAUAAUAAAUAAUGAUAUAUGUGGAAAAAAAAGAAAAAAAAAAAAAACAGAUAUAUAUAAAAUAGAACAAGUUAAUUAUAUAGGAGAAAUUAAAAUUAAUAAUUUUAUUAAUCAUGAUGAAGCAUUAACAUACACACAUUUAAAUAAUAAAUUAAUUGUUCAAAAAAAAUUUAAACUUGUAAAUAUUUUUAAGGAAAAAAUAAAUACAUAUAGAUCAAAAAAUGGAAUGUUGUAUGAAUUAAUAUUAAAUUUAAAUAAUAAUAAUUAUUCAGUAUUUUUAAAAAAAUUCAACAUAAAAAUAUUAAAAAAAAAUAUUACUCAAAUCAAAAAUGUUAAAAUUUUUUUUUUAAAUAAUGAACAAAAUGAGGAUUUCGAUUCCAAAAGUUUGCAAAAUGAAAUUAACGCAUUUCACUUAAAACCUCCAAAAAUGGAUAUAAUUAAUGAUGAUACUGAAAAAAACAUAGAAAUGUUAGAAGAAAAUGAUAUAAAAUCUUCUAAUCAUAUAACAAAUUAUGGAAAAGAAAUCUGUAAUAGUUUUAACGCAAAUAUAACUGAUAAAGAAAGUGACGAAAUAAAAAAAAACAGCUUUUAUGACGAAAUUUCUAUUAAUAGCUGGAUUAAAGGGGGGGAAAGCAUUUUUUUACUUUUUGAAGUAGAAUAUAAAGACACAUUUGAUAAAGAGGAUAAUUUUAUAAAUCAUUUAAAAUAUGAAAAUUCUAUUGGACAUAUAAAUAUAUCAUAUGAAUAUAAAAAUCAAAAUAUUUAUAAAAUAUACAAACAUGAAAAAAAUUAUAAAAAAAUAUAUAUAUAUAAUUUACUUGUAUUUAUCCCACAAUUUUUAUUAUCAAUUGAUGCUCAUUAUGAUAUACCCAAAACUGGAAUACUUCAUAGCAAUAUAAAUGUUAAUAUUAUAUUAUCUAAUAAAAUAAAUGAAGAUAUAUAUAUAAAACAUUUUGUGUGUAUAGAUAAUAAUAAUGAUGAAAAAAAAAAUAAUCGCGACACAAAAUAUAAUUGGCUAAUAAGUGGAUUUAAAAAACAAGUAAUUUGUAUACCAAAAAAUUCAUCACAUAUUAUAAAUUUAAUGUUAAUUCCUUUGAAAAUUGGGUUAAUUAAUUUUCCACCCAUUUCUUAUUUUAUAAAAUUAAAUAAUAAUUGGGUUGAAAUAACACAAUUUUUAAAUAAAAGUGAUAAUUUUCAAGUAAUAAUUUCACCACCCCUUAAUAUUACCCCACAAAUAUGGCAACUUAUGUAA